AUGGCCCCCUCGGAGCUCGUGUGGCAAGCCGCAGGCCGGGACGGCUGCCGCUCCACAGCGCCGUGGCCCGCGAGCGGCGCCGAAGGCCUGGAGCUGCGCCCCCGGCCUCAGGCGCCCGACUGGUCCUCGGCUUACCUCCGCGAGCUGCGGCCUGGGGCGGCGCCGAGGCACGUGGCGCAGGUCGGCUUCCACCCGGACGGCUGGCGCUGGGUCGAAGAGCAGCUUCCGGGCGGCCGGUGGCAGCGCCACGACCUCCCCGGCCGCGGUUCGGUGCGGCUGCGCUGGGAGAAGGCCGCGGGGCGGUGGGAGCUGUGGCUGGAGGCCGGGGAGAGGCUGGUGCUGGAGGCGACCUUCGAAAGUUCCGAGCCGCAGUUGGAGCUGUGCACGUUUUCAGCACAUGUGGACCGCUUCGAUGUCUCGUUGCUUCCCCCGCCUGGGCCUGGAACCCUGCAGAGCCCGCCGCCCGCCCACGCGCAGCUCCAAGCCCGCAUCGACCAGCUUACGGAGGAACUUACAACGGAGAAGCUGCAGAAGGCUGAGAUCCAGCACAAGAAGCAGAAAUUGCAGCAGCAGCUGGACGAAUCCAAGCGCCGCUAUGAGCUGCUGACGCAGAAGAAAGAAGAGGAAACACAUAAAUUCGAGUCCACGCAGCAUGAGAACAAGGCAUUGCACCAGAGGAUUGAUUCGCUGAUGGAGCAGCUUGAGACGGAGAAGCUGCAGAAGGCGGAGAUCCAGCAGGAGAAGGAGCACUUGCGGAAGCAGCUGGACGAGUCCAAGCGCCGCCAUGAGCUGCUGACGCAGGAGAAGGAAGAGGAAACACAGAAAGUCGAGUCCGCGCAGCAUGAGAUCAAGGCUUUGCAGCAGAAGAUUGAAUUGCUGAUGGAAGAGCUUGAGACGGAGAAGCAGCAGAAGGCGGAGAUCGCGCAAAGCUUGCAGAAGCAGCUGGACGAGUUGGCGCGGCAGAAGGCAGAGGAGAUGAAGAAAGUCGAGGCCUUCAUCCACCCUGACACGAGCGAUUCUCGAGAUGAAGCUCCAGGCGCAACCCCGGUCCUCAACAAUAUCACGGACUCCUUCUCUCUUGUUGGAGAUCAAUCAGAUGUUCAGUCCGCCAACUCCUUUAUUCUUGUUAACACUGGAGACCAGUCAGAUGCACAGUCCAUCAGCGAUGUGAGCAGCCGAUCGGCAAAGUGCUUCCCACCCAACACGGUCCUGCCGGGAGCGGACGGCCACUUGCUGCGCGUGGAGAAGCUGAGGAUCGGCGACCGCGUGCGCCUGCGCGACCUGACUGACGCCAAGGUGGUUCGCAUCGAGGCGCACCGCAAGAGGCCCUACGACUUGGUGCAGCUCACCACGAGCGAGGGGCGCUUCACAGUGUCCAAGGAUCAUCGCGUGGCAGUGCCUGGGCCAGGCUGCCAGGGAGCCCAACGUGCAGAUCAGCUGAGUGAGGGUGACCUGGUCAUUGUGGGUGGGAAAAACCAGAAGCUCACCAAGGUCUCCCACCUGCAGGAGUGCACAGUCUUAUACGAGGUGGUAUUCGAGGAGGAUCAAUCUGUGCAGAUGUUUCACAUUGAGAGCUAUGGCUUGGUAACCUUCGGUUCAGCUGUCGCAGCCGAGAGCGCUGCCAGCGCGUGGACGUUGUAG